GUCGUUUCCAAGCCAACCCCCCCACCCCAAAUGCCCAAAUUCUGAAGUGCAGUGAUCACCCACGACAAAGCCUCAACGUCGCUCUUCUCUGGGGUCUCUUUCUCGCCACUCUCUCCCUCAAGCUCUCUCACCUCUCUCACGCCACUCUUGUCUCCGGCGUGUCACUUCUCUCUCGGUCUGGCAGUCACCGUUUCAGACUCAAGCACGUCGCGCUGUGUCCUCACCGUCUCAAGCUCAGUCGCCGCCGUUCGGAAGAACCAGACGGAACUAGCAUCUGGUCCCUCGGGUGGUGGUCGUUGUCGACUUCUUACUUCCGCCGUCAGUUCAGUUGGUCAGCUUCCUUCCUUCGCCGUCAGUUGGUCCCUGGCAGGUGCUGAGGUUUGCAUGCAAACACACAUGCCAAAGAAGAAAAGCUGCUGCAUUGAACACUACAUUCGGUGCACCUUUAUCUUGCACCACUUUGAGCUUCUGCAACUUCGUUUGCCAUUCGGCAUUAGGUGCAGCGAGUGAAUGUGCUGCUCAAUGGGGUCGUGAACGUGGUUGAAGGUGUGGUCCUUUGGCAUGGAGCUAAAAAUGUUUUAAGAAUAUAAGAUAGAUACGAAAAAAAAACCUCAUUUUGAAAAUCUAUUGAUGCGUGCCUCUACUCUCAGAUACUUCCCUCUUUCAAAUGUCACUCGCAAUCACAAUCUUCACUACCAUUCUCAACCCUUUAAUCAUGCUUUGCCUUUUUUCAGAACCAAAGGCCCAACACUCGAAUUCAAUGAUACUUUGCUCCUCCGUUACCUCUCCAAUGGCUGGCACCAUGAAGCACGAGAUCUACUUUACAAGUCCUCUCGAGGCCACCCCCAUGCUCGUAUUGUUCAUUGGACUUCCCUGCUCACAAAGUACUCGCGAGACGGUUUCAUCCGUGAAGCUCGAAUGCUGUUCAAUAUAAUGCCGCACAGAAACAUAGUCACUUAUAACGCGAUGUUGUCUGGGUACCUGCAAUCUGGCAUGCUUGAUGAGGCUUCAUGGUUCUUUGAGCAUAUGCCGAAGAGGAAUGUUAUUUCCUGGACUGCUAUGCUUGGUGGGUUGGCAGAUGCAGGGAGGAUUGGAGAUGCUUGGAGGCUGUUUGAUGAAAUGCCGGAGAAGAAUGUGAUCUCUUGGAAUUCGAUGGUGGCAGGGUUGGUAAAGAAUGGGGAGUGGGACAAAGCAAGGAUGGUUUUUGAACAGGCCCCAGAAAAAAAUGUGGCUUCUUGGAAUGGUAUGAUCGCGGGUUAUGUGGAAAAAGGUAGAAUGCAUGAAGCAAGAGCGUUGUUUGAGGAGAUGGGGUGUAGGAAUGUGGUUAGUUGGACAAGCAUGAUUUCUGGUUACUGUAGGGUAGGCAAUGUGGAUGAAGCUUAUAGUUUGUUCCAGACCAUGUCGGAGAAAAAUGUAGUUUCUUGGACAGCCAUGAUUGGUGGGUUUACCUGGAAUGGCUUGUGUGCAGAGGCAUUAUCGCUUUUUCUUGAGAUGAGACACUCUAAUGCAAUACCGAACAGUGAGACCUUUAUUUCUUUGGCCUAUGCAUGUGCAGGUUUAGGUUUUCCUACUCUUGGCAAGCAGUUACAUGCUUAUAUAAUUGUCAAUGGUUGUAAGCUUGAUGAUUAUGAUGGCAGGCUACAAAGAAGUCUCAUUCGGAUGUACUCUGCAUUUGGUCUUAUGGACUCAGCUCAAAGUCUACUAGAAAGUGAUGUGAAUAACUGUGAUGAACAAUCAUUUAAUUCUAUGAUAAAUGGUUACAUUCAGGCUGGUGAGUUAGAAAAAGCUGAAGAUUUGUUUCACAGACUACCCAUCAAAAACAGAAUUGCAAGCACAUGCAUGAUUGCUGGCUAUCUUAGUGCUGGGAAAGUAUUAAAGGCAUGCAACCUCUUUAAUAACAUGGUUGACAAGGAUUCCCUUGCAUGGACUUCAAUGAUUUAUGGGUAUGUUGAAAAUGAGUUGAUUGCCGAAGCCAUCGACUUGUUUGCUGAAAUGAUGGCUGAUGGUGUUAUGCCAAUAAAUUCUACAUUCUCUGUUCUUUUCGGUGCCAUUGGUUCAGUUGCAUAUCUUGAACAGGGGCGCCAAUUACAUGCCAUCCAGUUGAAGACCAUAUAUGACUAUGAUUUGAUUCUUGAGAACUCUCUUAUAUCAAUGUAUGCAAAAUGUGGAGAGAUAGAGGAUGCAUAUAGGAUAUUCUCUAGCAUGUACUACCGGGACAAAAUUUCUUGGAACAUAAUGAUUAUGGGCUUUGGAGAUCAUGGGAGGGCUAGUGAGGCUUUAAAGGAGUAUGAAAUCAUGCAUGAAUAUGGUAUUAACCCAGAUGGUGUUACUUUUCUAGGUGUCUUGACAGCAUGUGCUCAUGCUGGUCUUGUUGAUAAAGGGUUGGAGUUAUUUCGUGCCAUGGUUGAUGUUCAUGGAAUACAACCUGGUCUUGAGCAUUGCAUUAGUAUGAUCAAUCUUCUGGGACGAGCAGGAAAGGUUAAGGAUGCAGAGGAGUUUGUCUUGGGGCUUCCUAUAGAACCAAAUUAUGCCAUUUGGGGGGCAUUGCUUGCGGUUUGCGGUUUGGGUAAAACAGAUGUGGAUGUUGCUAGGCAUGCUGCAAAGCGACUGCUUGAGUUGGAUCCUCUAAAUAUCCCAGGCCAUGUUGCUCUCUGUAAUGUAUAUGCUGCAAAAGCUUGCCACAUUGAGGGGGCAAGUUUGAGAAAAGAAAUGAGGUUGAAAGGCAUGAGGAAGAGACCUGGGUGUAGUUGGAUUUUAGUGAAGGGUAGAGUUCAUGUUUUCUCAUCGGGAGAUAGACUGGAACAACAAGGAGAUACGAGUGUGUUUUAGCAUGAACGGAAAACAUUUCAAUUAAAUGAACUGAAACCCUGACAUACCUACCCCAGAAGGAUUUCAAAUCAAACAGACCCAUUAGAUGAUAGAGUCAUCAUCAUCAACAGCAACCCUAACCGAUAUCCAUCCGAACCCAUCAUUCACCUCCACAUCAAAAAAGAAAUCUCAAUCAAUAGGCAAAGAUACGGUACAGAAGUAGCUAGAAUUAGGAUUUUUAGAAGCAGCUAGAAAUCUAAGUAGAGUAUCUGGGAAAUAGGCAAAGAUAUGGUGUGAUUAGAAGAUAUGGAGUGAACUUGCUGCACUCGGUGAUUGCAUUGACCAGCGGUUGACGCAUAUCCAGAAACUUCCUGCACCCAAAAAAAAAAAUCUUUUUGGGACCAAAUAUUCAAUUUGAACAUAAGCGAUUUCAAAAGGGUCCAAAAUAAAUGAAAUAAAAACCAUAAUUCACUUCUUAAUGUUUGAUCUUUUUUUAUAUAUUCUAAAAUUAUCAAGAAGUUUCUCUUUAGAUAUCAUUGUACUUGCACACACCAAGUAUUGUGGCAUUCAUUUUAUUGCUCUUUCAUAUUAAACCAAAGCUAGAUAUACUCUUUC